CUUUUGAGAAGUUGCCAUCUUCCAGCGAGGAAGUUAUGAAGCCGAUCAUAUUUAACCCAUCGCUACACCAGCAGCGACACCAGUUUGUGAUUUCUUUGGUUGAUACAUACCAACCGAAAAAGGUAGCGGACUUGGGCUGUAAUCGGUGUUCCCUUCUGCAGAGGCUGAGGUUUAACGAAUGUAUUGAGGAGCUGGUGGGCCUGGACAUCAAUGAAAAUUUACUGGCAUGCAAAAAGAACAGAUUGCAACCUCUCAUUAUCCAUUACAUUGAACCCAUCAAAAACCCGCUAACAGUAUCUCUGUACCAUGGCUCCGUAACGGAGAAAGACCCGGCGCUGCUUGGAUUUGACCUGAUCUCUUGUAUUGAGCUAAUAGAGCACCUGGAAAAGGAUGAUUUGGAGAAAUUCAAGGAUACAUUAUUUGGAUAUAUGGCUCCUCUUAGAGUGGUUAUCAGCACUCCUAAUUCAGAGUUUAAUUUCCUGUUUCCCAACCUGGUAGGGUUUAGACAUGCAGAUCACAAGUUUGAGUGGACCAGGGAAGAAUUCCAAAACUGGGCUACUGAUGUUUCUAGUUGUUAUAAUUAUUCAGUGGAGUUCAGUGGCGUCGGAGAGCCGCCAGCAUACGCCGGAGAUGUUGGAUUUUGCUCCCAAAUAGGGUUAUUUACAAGAAAUUACGUGGAGAGUGAUGAAGAACUGAUGAAAAAAAGAGAAUACAAAUCCGUUUACAAAACUGUUUUUCGUGUAGACUAUCCAAGUCUUAAAGAUGAAAAGUAUCUACGAAAUGAAGUGCUGAAAAAAGCUCUGUCAGAAGCAAACCGCCUGAAGAGACAGUUAUUGCAACGUCUGUUUCCUAAAGAUGAAGAAGAAGAAGAAGAAGAAGCAGCCAAGCUUACAGAAAAUGAGCAGACGUCCCAGAGGUUGUCAGACACUUUUUCCUAUUUGGAACCCGAAUCGCAGAUUGAAGAGGACAAAGAUUUAGAACCUUUCUUAGAGGGAAACACUAUUCAUGUUCCAAUAGAAAGACUGAUCCGUGUCCCAAAAGUUAAAGAACUUUGUGGAAGUUUAGAUGUUCUGAAAACUAUGAUUAGUGAGGACAACUCAGUUGGCUGUGAUGGAAUUUCAGUUUUAUAUGAUGUAGAUCUGGAAAAUGAUUAUGACAUCAUAGGUACACCAUACCACUUGUCUUUGUAAGCAUAUAUAAUAAUAUUAUAUAUAUAUAUAAUUUAAGAUUGUAAGUUGUGUUAGUUUCUAUUUUUGUGUUAAAAUAUAAAUAAGAUAAUGAAAACAUUUUUUUCAGGGAUCCAUUCUGUGUUCAGCUCCACAUGACAGAA